AUGAAGGUCAUCUACCUCUAUAUCCCCCUUGCCCUUACCGGUACCGCCAUGGGCGCAAACUGCCGCUAUGACACGUACAUUUGUGCGGACGCCAUCAAGGACCAGACCUCCGUCGAGGAUAGCGCACACAGCAAAGGCUGGGGCAAGGGAGAUACAAGCAAAUACCUGUUCUACUGUGAGAGCCACAACUUUGGAUCAAACAGCCUGGACUUUGUGAGGUACUGCCCCAAUGGGUGCUACCGGGACGACCGCGACGAGGGCAACGAUGAUUACUGCAUCUUGGA